UCUUGGGCAGCUGAAACUUAAAGAGAUGACUAAAACCGUGCGUGCAGAAGAGUCUACAGAAACUGCUGAAUCCUUGAAAGGAACAAGACGGGUUCACAGAGAUUCGCCAGAAGAGCUCUUGCUCAUCACCAAAAGAGGAAACUUCUUCCAAGACUCAUUCUUCCUUGACACUCAGCGAGACUUCAGUGCCGCUCUCAGGCAGGUGUUGGACAGGUGCAAUGAGGAAAACUUUGAGUACGACAUUAUCCUCUGUUACACCGAUAUCCUGGAACGCUACAGGCAGCUUCGAUCUCGCGAUCUGAAGGAAGAGAAUCAGGCUGUUAUCGUUACAUCAGACAAGUCUUGUCUAAAGAUAAUUAUGGACGUUUAUGAGUUCAUGAGUGGAGAUAUACAAGCAAAGGUUGUUGAUGAGAAAGAGUUAGUCAUUGAGGGACGUGUGGUGAAGAGUGAAGGAACCUCAUCCGAGACCUCUCACUCCUUCAGACGCCGCUUCUCUCUUCCGCAAUAUACUGAUAUCACUUCUGUUAUGUCAUUAGAUGGCAUCCUCACAGUUACUGUGAUCUUUAAGGAAGGAAAUGUCGAGGUAAAUACAGCUAAAAAGACUGAAGCAAAAUGCAACAUUUCAAAAGAAAUUAUUGACUCAAAAUCACCUUCACUUUCUGCUGAAAAGCAUGUGCUUGAGGCGAAGGAUGAAAAUCAAGAUAGAUUGAACAAGAAUGUGACAUUACAGUCAAAGGAAACUCGUAAUUUCACGUCGGGGACAGAGAGGUCCAAACUUGAUUCCAACUUCGAGGACAACAAUAGACUGAGACGCUUUGGGCGAGAAUAUAACAGGGAGUCUGAAGAAACCAACAGAUAUAACGUCACCGAAGACACAAGUAUGGGAACGUCCUCUCGUUUCACGAGUGUUUCUCAGUGUAGCUCCGCAUUGAAGUCUUUUCCAGUGACGAGGAAAGGACUGUUCUUCUCCGAUUACUUUUUCCGAGACACAAGGGAGGGUUUCCAGAAAGCCGUAAGGGAAAUCCUGAACAAAUGGGGAGAGAAGUCGUCUUCCGGUGACGAGAUGACUUGCUACAGAAAACUACGAGCACGAAAUAUGAGGGAAGAUAAUCAGGCAGUGACGUCUUCGGAAGAUGAACGUCAUUAUAAGUUCGUCAUUGAUGUCCAAGACUUUAUGAACGUUGGAGAGAUCAGCGUGAAGGCUGCGAACGAGAGAGAGUUGGUGGUUGAAGGUCACUUGGAGAGGAAGGAAGACGGUUCCAGGUCCGGCAAGCGGUUCCUUCGUCGGUUCAUUGUUCCUGGAGACAUUGAGCUCGAGGCUGUCAUGUCAGUCAUGUCUUCUGACGGAGUGCUUAAAAUUUUAGCUCCGAAGAGGCUUGGCCACAACCGAAAACACGUUUCGACUGACAUGGACGAUGGUGAUGCAAUGUUUUCAAGGAAAUUCACAAGUGGGCAUCGUCUCACCGAUAACUUUUUGGGGAACAGAGAUUCAUCUUCGGAUGACGAGGAUUUUAGGACAUUUGCCAGGCAAAUCAAUGAUCGCUACCAAGUCACUUUCCAAGAUAACGACGAAGAAUUUGAAAAUGGACAUUUGCUCAACAAGGAGACAAAGAUGAAAACUGACAAGAACUUCGAAUAUGACAUUCCAAGCUUUUCAACGGAAACCAGGGUUUUAUACGUGGACAGAAGGGGUGUAUUCACUGAAGACUAUUUCUUCGUGAAUGUUCGUGACAGCUUCAGCCAAGCAGUGAGAGAAGUGCUGGAAAAGGCUAAUGAAUGGACCUGUCGAAGUGACGCCAUGCACAACUACAGACGUCUGCGUCAGCGCAACCUCAAGUUGGAAACUCAGGCUGUUGGCAUCAUUGACGAUCAAGACUCACACAAGAUUGUGAUGGACGUUUUUGAUUUCAUUAAGGGCGACGUGACAGUGCAGUUGGUGAAGGGCAAGGAACUGCUGGUCGAGGGUCAAGCAGAGAAGCAGGAUGGAAGCAGAGUGUCCCGAGUGAGCUUCGAGCGUCGCUUGGCGUUGCCUGAGCUCGUCGACCGAGACGCCAUCAGCUGCGUGUUGUCCUCGGACGGAAUCCUGACAAUCAUCUCCAAGAAGAGAGCAUGCGAGUACAGGACUAGUGCAAGGGGACUUUCCAGUGAGAGGAAGUCCUACGGUGACAGGGCUGGCAGGUGGGAGGACAAGAAAGUGAAGGACUCCCUCGCGGAUCUGGAAGGCCCCAGCUCUCGGAGCUUCAGCACUGGCUCUCGCUCCCGCUACCAUCGCUCCUAUGCGAAGCAAUAUUAGAGUAAAAGUCCUUAUAUAUAUUUAUAACUGCAUAUUUACAAAAAAAA